AUGGAGAGGCAGCCGCACGUUCUUGUUGUGUCAUUCCCUGCACAAGGCCAUAUAUCACCGUUAAUGAAACUUUCGAUCCAAAUCGCUGCUCAUGGAGUUAAGGUAACGUUCUUCACCACGGAGGUUGAACUUGGGAAAUUUAGGGAGUCCCUGCCCGAGAACUUCGAAGAGCAAAGCUCGAUAACACUUGUCUCGAUCCCCGAUGGAGUGGACGAAGAUGUUCGGUAUGAUCCUCUCAAGACUUUAGAGGCGAUCGAGAUGAUACGGAGGGUUAUACCGAAUUAUGUGGCGGGCUUGAUUGCAGAAAUUAAUCAGUCGGGUGCCGAUGAGAAGAUCAGUUGUGUUAUUGCUGAUAUAUCAGUUGGUGGGGCACUUGAAGUGGCCAAGAAGAUGGGACUUGAAGCUGUGGCAAUCUGGCCUGCUGCUGCUCCAUGCUUGGCCUUGGCAGCUCACGUUCCUAUACUUCUUCAAGAUGAAAUUAUAAACAGUGAUGGAAUUAUAAUGAAAGAUGAGCCGAUCAUGCUAUCCAAGGAUGUCCCUGCCUGUGCCUGGAGCAGCUCAGAUAUUGGAUGGAGGAGCAGUCAUCCCAUUUUAAGCAAAGCUUUACUUGGAUUUUAUUCUAUUGUUCCUCAGUAUGCAGAAUUUUAUGAUCUCAUACUCUGCAACUCAGUUUAUGAACUAGAUUCACCACUCUUCAAAUUGAUUCCCAAAGCCUUGCCCAUUGGUCCAUUACUUUUCACCAACCGUUCAGCAACUUUCGCCGGAAAAUCUUGGCCUAAAGACUCACCAUGCUCGGCUUGGCUCAACGAACAACCUGCUGGUUCAGUCAUUUACGUGGCAUUAGGAAGCUCAACAAUAGCAUCCGCUAAACAAGUUGAAGAGCUAGCCCUUGGUCUUGAAAUUUCAGGGCAACCGUUUUUAUGGAUUGUUAGACCAGACUUCAUGGAUGGAUCGACCGCGAAAUUCCCGGACGGAUUCCGUGAUCGAGUAUCCGAACGGUCGAGAAUUGUCGAAUGGGCACCGCAGGAGAUGGUGUUGUCUCACCCUUCGGUUUCGUGUUUCGUGAGCCAUUGCGGAUGGAAUUCGACCAUGGAAGGCCUAACCAUGGGGGUACCUUUCCUAUGUUGGCCAUACAUAGCUGACCAGUUCAGUAACAAGAAGUACAUAUGUGAUGUUUUGAAGACUGGUUUGGAGUUGAACAAAGAUGAGAAUGGAAUUACAAGCAGAUAUGAAAUAAGUUCAAAGAUAAACACAUUGAUCUCAUCUGAUGUAAUAAGAGAAACAGCAUUACAUGCAAAGGAUAUUGUUAGAAAGAGUUCCAGUGAAGGUGGAUCUUCAUUGAAGAACUUUAAGAGCUUUAUUGAUGAUAUCAAGAGCCUUUAG